AUGGAUUUAGCACAGAUUAAGAUCCUUGGAAGUCUUGUACAAGGUUUGAAAAGCUACAAUUUCUCACUUUAUGGUAAAUAUGUGGCUUAUUUGAAUAUCAUUUUCUGCAUCGCAUUUGGUAUUGCCAAUCUUUUCCAUGUUAAUGCAGUGAUAGCAUUUGGUGUGAUUUCAAUUGUACAAGGUGCUAUUAUACUGUUUCUGGAGGUGCCAUUCUUAUUGCGUAUCUGCCCACUGUCGGACAAUUUUAUCGAAUUUGUAUCGAGAUUUGAAACUAAUGGUUGGAGAACUAUCUUUUACAUUUUUAAUGCUGUAUUACAAUGGGCUUCACUAGCGUUAAAGAUAACAAGUCUAAUUGUGGUAGCUGUCGGUCUAACCAUUUCGGCUGCCUUCUACGGUGUUGCAUAUUUCAAACACCAAAACUUCCAGAAUUCAUCUCAUAUUAAGGAACCUGUUGGUGAAGGUGUUGAAGCUAAUGAGCAAAAUGUUCGUGAGAUGCUAUGA